AUUGCGCUGGUAACGUCAUUGGACGAGGCAAGCUCGCCGAAGUAAAAUGGCUUGCGUUGAGUUGAUUGUGUGAUGAAGGCAAGCCGAAAAGAGUAAUUGAAUCGUUUCCAAGAGGAAGGGAAAACGGAGACAAGGAGCAGAAGGGAAGAGUUUUAGAGUGCUGUCCAGGAGGACCUGGUGGGUCUAUUGGUGAUCAAUUUUACUGGUGGAAAAAAUAUGGACGCGGUCAAGUCGUUCAAUGCCGAGCUGUCUUCGUUGUACGAAGUCAAGCCGCCCAUCUCGAAGGCAAAGAUGACGGCGCUGACUCGGGGAGCGAUAAAGGCCAUCAAGUUUUAUAAACACGUGGUGCAGAGCGUGGAGAAGUUCAUCUUGAAGUGCAAAUCCGAAUACAAGGUGCCUGGUCUUUAUGUGAUCGAUUCCAUAGUGAGGCAGUCCCGACACCAAUUCGGAGCAGAUAAAGAUGUGUUCGCGCCAAGGUUCGCCAAGAACAUGCAGCAGACGUUCAUCAACUUGUUCCAGUGUCCACCAGAGGAUAAGAGCAAAGUGAUAAGGGUUUUGAAUCUAUGGCAGAAGAACCAAGUGUUUGCGCCGGACGUGAUCCAACCUCUCUUCGAUCUGGCCGACCCUAAUCAUCCUAUCCACAAGGAAUUGAAUGCGGCUUCGGUAGCAGCCGCCUCUGGUGCAGUCCAAAACAACGGAAUCGCCUCCCAAUCGGCCAUUAUCAAAGGUUCGCCAGCGCUACAGAAGACGCCGACGAAGACCGGAACAGGAUGUAGUGCCGACCAGGCCGCCUUGGCCCAGCAACUUGGGAACAUUUCUAAUAAUCCGAAUGCCUUGGAUCCGAACACUUUGGUUCAACUGCAGCAGUUGCAUAGACUUGUGCUAAGACAACAGCAACAGCAAGGCGAAGCGGGAAAACAGGAAGGACAGGUUCACUUUGACCGAAAACUAUUGGACUUCGAUUAUGGUAGCGACGAGGACGAUGAUCCUACCAAUCCAUCACCUAAGCCCAAUAACGCAGCCAUUGACAACGUUGGAAGUCUUUUAUCAAAUCCUGAAGUGCUACGGCAGCUACAAACGCUCCAACAAACGAUGAAUAAUAGUCAACCCAUGCAUGCUGAGUAUGAUUUGGAGAAGUUGCGCAAACUUCAGGAAAUGAAGCAACAGGAGGAGGAAUUCGAUAAGCAUUUGGCGCAAACAUUGCCUAAUCUGCCUUUCGCUGCUGAGUGUGAGUUUAAACCAAGUAAUACCAAUUCGCCUGCGCUGCCGGCGUUUUUCCUGCCAACUGGGACGGAUCUUUCUCAGCCGCCACCUGGUUACAAACCUCCAGCUCCUUACGAGCUAUCGCAGCCUGAUGACAAUGCAAUGGAGUCGGAAGUAGAAUUUAUAGGGACCAACGAUGACGUUGAGGUUAUCGACAUCGAUCAUGGCGAUUCUAGGAGUCCAUCGCGUGACCGAUACCGUCGUCGUAGGAGUCGAUCCAAUGAAAGAUCACGGGAUCGUGGAGGAAGAGAUCGUAGGUCACGUAGAUCUCGGUCUAGAUCCAGAUCUAGAUCAAGACGGUAUAGGUCUAGAUCGCGAGACCGCGAACGCGAAAAGGAGAAGGAAAAGGAGAAAGACCGUGAGAAGGAGAAGGAACGCAGAAAGCGCGGUUUGCCUCCAAUUAAGAAAGACAAUCUUAGCGUUUGCAGCACUACGCUAUGGGUUGGACACUUGUCUAAAUUAGUACAUCAAGAAGAUCUUUCUGAUACUUUCGGUGAAUUCGGAGAGAUUGUCAGUAUCGAUUUGAUUAUUCCAAGAGGAUGUGCAUUUAUUGUAAUGCACCGACGCCAAGACGCUGCAAGAUGCUUGACGAAAUUGAAAAAUCACAAGAUGCAAGGAAAAGCUAUUACUUUAGCAUGGGCUCCAGGUAAAGGUGUCAAGGGCAAGGACCUUAAGGAUUAUUGGGAGGGUGAUUUGGGAGUCUCCUACAUCCCGUUUUCCAAACUGAAGCCUGACAUCGACAUGGAAUUACUUGAAGACGGUGGUAUGGUUGACGAAGACACCGUUCCUAAUUGGCUGAAAGACAAAAUGACAACAGAUUCUACUAAGAAUGAUAUUUCUGAACACACGAAUUCAAGUGUCGUCCAGCUAACGGAAAUUGGAACACCUGUGGGUGUGGAUACAAGUCAGCCACCGCCGGUCCCAGGAGGCGGCCUUUUGCAAGCUCCACCUAUGGGAUUGUCUUUAGUGCCGCAAUUCCAGCUAAAUAACCGUCUGCUUGGUAUUCCACCAGGAUUAAUGCCUAAUGUGCCUAUGGGUGUGCCGCCCCCGAGCCUAAUGCCCAAUCAAAUGAUGGGCAUUGGUUCGCCUUUCGGGCAAGGUUUGCUGCAGCCGCCUAUGUCGCAGUUACCUCCGUUGGACAAAAGCCAGUCCGAGGUGAGCGGCAUACCCGAACAACUGUUGCCUUUUGGAUUGCUUCCGCCUCAACCGCCCCCAUUGGUGAUGCCACCACAACAUGAUGACAAUAUGGAUAUUGAGAUGGAAGACGCCGAUAAAUCGGAUUCGAAACUUAACGAUAGCUUCAACGGCAGCGAUACACGGUCGUUAGAUGAGCUCAGACGUGGUGAUGGUAGGAAUCAUAGCCACGAUAGAGAUAGGGACAUGAAUAGGAUGUUAGGAAGAGGAAGAAGAGAUAGUAGAGAAAGAAGGGAUAGGGAGAAUGAAAGGGAUAGUAGAAGCGGCGAAAGACGCGAUCGGAUUCCGAACAACCGUUGGGGCGAUCCCAGUAGACGCGACAUUAGGGAUGGUAGAGACGAUAGGAGAGAUCGUGAGAAGGCAUUGAAUGAUCGUUUACGCGAAAUGGCCGGAGACAAUUCGUUUAAAGAACAGGAACAACACAAUAACCAUCCACCACCGUUGCUGGAACGACCGAUAUUCCCUUUUAAUAGCAAUGAACCACCCAUGGAUUAUGUUAGGCGAAGGCAUGAUGAUUUUCCGUCCGAGUUUGAGGGUCCGCCGAUCGAAUACGAACCGCCAGUAAUGGAUUUUGAUGGUCCUCCGAUGGAAUUUGAUGGACAAAUCAGACCUAUGAUACAUCCCAGGGAUACGUUGAGAUUCGAAGAGAGAAGACGAGGACCUCUUCCGCCUGAUUUUGCUUUUAUGGGUCCCAGGGGACCUAGGUUCAGGCCGGAUGGCUAUGGCCCAAGAGGCAUGUCUCCAAUGAUGAGACCACACAUGUUCCAUCCAAGAGGUCCACCUCCACCGCAUAUGCGAGGACCACGUCCAGGACCUUGGAUGGAUGGUGGUAUGAGACCUAAUUUUCCUGCUCGAUUUGAAGGAGGUCCACCAGAGUUUUACCGCGGCGGUCCACCAUUUGACGAUUCUCCGCAUCUGCCAUCGAGGCAUAGACCACGUCGCUUCCGACCAGAUUUCGACGGGGAGCCAUCCGCGGAUCAGAGCUUCGACAGACCGGAGAGACGCAGCCGAUGGGGAAACAACUCGAUCAGUGAAGACAACCCACCAUCAUUGAGUGAAUCCGGAAAGGACGACUGCGGUGACGUGGAGGAAGAAGUGGAGGGACAGUUGCAAAAUGAGGACAAUGAAGUCGUCGGCAUAGAAGUUGAUGAUGAAGGCGAUGUCGGCGGAAACACGACACCCCUUCACGACGAGCCCAGUGAGCUGGGAGGAGGUGAAGGAGGAGGCGGCAGCAACGACGAAAUCGUUGAUGACAAACCUUCCGCUGAGGAAGCGGUAGUCAAUGCAGAAGAUCCCGAGGCCGCUUCCUGAGAGCACAUCACCUUCAUUAUAAGUAUCUUAUUUUUACUAUAAUCGAUUCGGCAGAUUUUUAAAGUUCAAAAGUGUUUAAUUAUUAUUAUUUUUAAUUUUCAUUAAUGUUCAUUUUUCUUUAUGAUUAUUUUUCGUUUUUACAAUUUCCUUCAUCGAUUCGAAACUAUAGUGUUGCAAAUAUGGACUGCGAUUUUGAAUGGAUUAUAUAAAAACACGGCUGUGAUUAGUUUAAUGAACACAGGUGAAACUUACUAGAAGAGAAAAAAACGACAAUUAUUGAAUUAUGGUGAGAAGAGCUGAAAUAAAUUUGUUAUUUGAUAGCUGUUGGAUUUUGGUUUCCUUGAAGAGGAUUGAUCAUUAUUUUUAUUUUAUUGUUGAGGGUUGAAAGGUAGGUUCCAUCCUGUGUUCAUUUUUCGUUUAUUGUCUGUGGUGAAAGAGACAAAGAGAGAGAGAGAAGGAAACUCCCGUCGCUCGGGCUCAAACUGAGCAGCGAGUGCAAGGUACUGUCUUUUUAUAUUCUCUUCAUUCAAAGUAGAUUGGUUCGUUUCCAGCUGCUGAUGCAUCGGUUAGUAAUUGGAUGCUAUUACUAAAAAUCGGGAAUGUUCAUGAAUGCUACGAGCUGGAAGCGAACCAAGGCUAAUUCAUAUUUGCAAACAUUUGUAUAGUAAACUCAAGUAUAUUGGUAUAUAUUUAUAUAAUAUAUGUAUAGAGAAAAUGAAGUGGACGAUUAAAAAAUAGAGAGAGAACGGCGACUAUAUAUAUUAUAUAUACGAAUGGUUAUGUUAUUGAGAAAAAGAGAGGAUUUUUAUUUGUAAUAAUAAUAAUUAUUGAAAAAAAAGAGUGGUUCGAACGACGACGAGAGAGUUAAGAUUUUUCAUGUAUU